AUGAACAGAACAUACAUCAUUCCGCUGUCGCCAGUGGCACGGUUCAUGGCGACGCAGCUUGCCUGUGCGGGAGCAGACCCGUGUAUUGUUCUUCCGCAGAAGAUGCGAGAGGUGUUUCUCAAGUCACAGUCUAGUAUAACGUAUAUCAACAGGAUCUCUAGGGACAACUUGUUCCAAAGGCGACACACGUUCCCCUCGGUGAGUGUGGACCGUCUUGUGUCGGUGUGUAGGCCGGCGGAGGCUGUCAUGGAGAGGACUUAUGGGAGUACCAACGAAUCUGAACGGGUUGUUUUGAGAAUGAAUGCCCGUUUAUCGUUGGUUGUGCCUGCAUCGCAUGUCAAGACCAUACUCAAUCCAAACACUUCGGAAUGUCCUUUCAUUCCUCCGCCGGACUCAGACGUUAUCAUUCUGAACCCGCAUUUUGGGCAGGUUGAAGGAUAUGUGAGAGCAAUUCGGGAGUUGUACAUGGACGGGGAGCGGGAACCGAGGAUAUGGUCUGCGAUAUGCACGCAUAGAGUGACGAAUGCUCCGUUUUGGGGGGUGGAGCAUCGAUCUAUUGGGGAGUUGAAGAUUGCCAGGGUUCCAUUUACCGUUGUUGACGGGGGCGACGACUAUCAAGACAUUGCCAAUGUUGGCCAUGACGAAAUUGUGCAGUCGGAGCUGGUGAAAAACAUACUGAGUAUUCCAAUGAUGUUACCACAGAUGCAGAGUUAUAGACAGCAGGUGAUGCUUACGGCGGAGCAGACUGUUGUGGAGGCGGCGUUGUCGUUGGCUACCAUUGAGGAGUAUGCCGACGGGCUAGCAAUUGGCCAUUUGAAAGUUGAAGAUAUGGUGGACUUUACCGAAAUGGCGGAGAUUGCACACUUGGAAGGAUCUUCCGGUUCAGAUUCCGCUGCCAGGAGCAUGAUGUUGGAUAUAGUUACAGAGGCCACACGGGUCUUGAAGAGACACAGGCUCGUCAAGCAGAUAUCGGUGAACUCCCCAGUAGUCAAUGCCGUCCUCUCCAAAGAGAGACUUUAUAAUCUUUCUUUGAAUAUUGUCAACGACCAUACUCUACUAACAAAACUCAAUUACAGUUUUGACUCCUUCCGCCACUUUGAGGGAGAAUUGAAAGAUGCAUAUGGUUGUGCUGAUACUGGUGGUGAUACCGGUGGUGACGUUAGGAGUCCACCACAUGCAAUCCAUGCGAAUCGAUAUAUAUGCGAGCUCGGCAGCUUAUUUGGUAUACCCACUCCUGCAAAUAGGAAGGUCUGUGACCUGUACGAGGCCGCUGUCGCACAGAGUGCUUCUACACCUUGA